GACAAAUAUGAGAUUUGUAGCCAUGUGAAAACGCAUUGUCGCAUAUCCUCACAAGAAACAAGGACGCUAAACUUCCCUCGGGACUACACGCAUCCGCCUCGAGGAGAGAGCGCCGUGUCUGCCAAGUGCGAUGGAUACCAUGCUCAUAAAAGCGUGGGCACUCAGCUGACGUCGCCCCUGCGUCGGAGAGGGACAGGCAGAGACUCAGCGUGAGAUUGCCGGAGCGUUAUCCUUGAUCACUCCGACCUUUCUCAUAGCGUUUCCCGCCGGAACACAUGGCCGGAUGCAACACGGACACAUGGGCUACGGCGCGUUUGCAUGCGCCCAGGCAGAAUAUAUAAGGGGACGUACGUUGUCUGGUGAAGCCCAUCACUUUCCCCCCUGCUCUUUCCUUCAAGACCUUUGCUGGUUCGUUGAACGGCCGUUUUCUCGCCUUCUUCCCGACCAGGUGUCAUUCCACUUCUCGUCGGUGCCAUCCAGUGCAACCCGCUUGCUCUCAACCCUCCCGAGUAACAUCAUCCGGAUAGUCUUUUUUCUCUUUUUACUACUCCGAAAUGGUGUUCUCCAAGUCUCAAGCUGCUCUCGUUGUACUUUCCGUCCUCGCCUCCUCCCAGCAGGCGUUCGCCCGUAUGAAGUGGUUGGAGAGGGACGACCGCCCGGUCGUUCUCAACCCCCGUCGUUUCGGUCAGGAGCACCCCGCUGUUAUUGACAAGAUUGGCGCAGCGUGCCCCGGUCAGGUUUGCGGUGUGCUUUCCGGUCAGGCCAUCACUCCUCUUCUUGCUGCGCAGCCGGAAUGCUCGCAGCAGGAUAUGGCCGAUGCGAUCAUUGAUGCCGCGCAGCAGUUCGAUGAUACGACUAAGGCGAACUUGAUCGCUCUGGCCGUUGAGUACCGUCAGGUGGAGAAGAACACGCCCCCUGACUUCACUACCAACCCUCCGACCAACCGUAACUCCGUUUUCUGCCAGAAGGCGCCCAAGAACGCCGAGCUCAACGGUCUCGUUCAGGCACAAGACCCCGCUAACGACCCUAACGUCUUCUUCGAUCCCGCCACUAAGCAGUCCGUGCAGAAGGGAGCUCAGCCCAACACGUUCCCCUUCGGCACUGCUGGUUCUGACGACUCGGAUGCAACGGGCUCCGCCUCCAGUGCUGCCGCAACCUCCACCUCAAGUUCGGCUGCUGCCGCGACCUCGUCUGCGGUCCUCAUCGCCACCGACUCUGCCACCUCCGAUGCCGCCUCAGCCACCUCGUCUUCGGAUUGUGAGACCGUUGUCACCGUCACUGUGACUUCGUCUGCCACCGACGCUGCAUCUGCGACGGCAUCCAGCUCCGCCGCCGCCGCCUCAUCUACUGCGGCUGCUGGUGACAUCGGCAACUUCGGGUCUUGCUCGGUCCCCCAGAUUACGUUUGCCGUUGGUCUGGACAACCGCAAGGAGACCGCCUUUGAGCCCACUGAUCUCAAGUCUUUCAACCACGGCUCCGCGCAGAACAUCGACAUCAUCACCCAGUUCAUCUGCGAUACCCUGACGAACUCGUGCAAGGCCGACCAGACUGCCAAGGACACCUGCGCCAAGGCGAAGGCUGCCGCUGACACCGGAGCCCCGAAGACCGGCGUCCAGGCCGACCUCUUCAACGCUGUCUUCGGCAUCACUACCAAUUUCGCGGAUGUCACCGCGAUCGACGACCAGGGCAACCCCAUUGCAGGCACUGGCUCAUCGGCGGCCUCCGGCAGCUCUACCGCGACGACUUCGAGCGCCGUCGCCGCCGCCUCGUCUACCGCGGCUGCUGGUGGUAUUGGCAACUUCGGAUCCUGCUCGGUCCCUCAGAUCACCUUCGCCGUUGGUCUCGAUAACCGCAAGGAGACCGCCUUCGAACCUACGGACCUGAAGUCCUUCAACCACGGUUCGGCGCAGAACAUUGACAUCAUUACCCAGUUCAUCUGCGACACCCUCACGAACUCGUGCAAGGCAGACCAGACCGCCAAGGACACUUGCGCCAAGGCGAAGGCUGCUGCUGACACCGGUGCUCCCAAGACUGGCGUGCAGGCUGACCUCUUCAACGCCGUGUUCGGUAUCACCACCGACUUCGCUGCUGUCACCGCGAUCGACGACCAGGGUAACCCUAUCGCGGGAACUGGCUCGUCGGGUAACCAGGCUGCGGCCACCGGUGGUUCUGGCGCGACUGCAUCGAGCUCUGCCGCUGCUGCCUCGUCCACCGCAGCUGCUGGUGGUAUUGGCAACUUCGGGUCUUGCUCGGUCCCCCAGAUCACUUUCGCCGUCGGCCUUGACGGACGCAAGGAGACUGCCUUCGAGCCCACCGACCUCAAGUCGUUCAACCAUGGCUCCGCACAGAACAUCGACAUCAUCACGCAGUUCAUUUGCGACACCCUCACGAACUCGUGCAAGGCUGACCAGACCGCUAAGGACACCUGCGCGAAGGCGAAGGCUGCCGCUGACACCGGAGCCCCGAAGACCGGCGUCCAGGCCGACCUCUUCAACGCUGUCUUCGGCAUCACUACCAACUUCGCUAACACUCCGGCUGUCGAUGACCAAGGCAAUGUGAUCGCCGGAAGCACGGGUUCUGGUAGCGUGGCCGCCUCAUCCACCGCCGCUGCCGCGUCCACCACUGCUGCUGCGACGACCACCUCGUCGUCCGCCGCUGCGGCCACAACGACUGCCGCGGCCGCGAGCGGUCAGAACCUCCAGAAGUUCACCGGCAACCUCGGCGGUGUCACUCCUCCCGCCGUCACGAAGUUGUCCAACGGGCAGUUCCAGGUCGACGGCAACUCGGCGUUCCAGAACCUCACGAACGCCCUCGUCCGUUCGUGCGACGUCCAGCACAACAAGUGCGCCAACGCGGCCAACGCGUCGGGUAACAAGGGCGACCUUACCGUCUCUGCCUGCGGUGACCAGCAGACUCAGUGCAACGCCGCCGCUCAGCAGCAGUGAUCGUCUCGUUCAUGGUCCAUGGUUCCUAGAUACCGGGCUCCCUCCUGCGGUGCAACGAGGGUAGCUUCCACUCGACAUUCCUCCUCCUACAUUAGAGAGCCUGCUUACCUACUGUACUCACCAAUCAGCAGCGAGACUUGCUGAGGGUUACUGGAUUUCCGCACGCACCACGACGUGCCAAUCUCCUCGAUUGGCCAAGUCCGGGUUGUAUCUCUACUUUUUGCCGUUCCUUUGUCGCACUAGGCACAUACUGGAUGCACCACUGCUCGACGCUUGUAUUAGACACUCCUUAGCUAGCUAGGUCUGGAAAAGAGCAUACCCCUUCCUCAUCUGUCCUGUGUGCGCGUAUAUGUACCGAAGCAUUUCAGCACUGUGAGUUCUGGU